AUGAACAGUGAAGAAGAUGAUUUAUAUGCAUUGGCUCUUGGCGAAGAGUAUAUCCCAACAGGAGCAUCAACCUCGAUGAUGAACGCGCCUUCUCAUUCUCAGCCAGAAAAGCGAACGACACCUGAACCGUCUUCUACCGAUGCUCAUGUUCAUGCAGCGCUCUUUCGUAAACUUUUGAUAGGAGCCCGAAGUCAAAUUAAGAAACUAACGGAUAAAAAUGCGGAACUGCAAAAAAAACUACAAAACGCGAUCGAGUCCAGUGGAGUUGUCAUUUGUCCAAACUGUACUCAUCAUUUCAAAGAUCGGCAGUGUCCGUUGCGACCGCGAGCGAUGAAGAAAAUGAGAGCUCGCAGCACCGUGGAGUUGGAAUUCAAUAAUCUUGAAGAUAUGGAAACUUGGCUCUAUUUGAAUCAGUUAGAAACAAACAACGAUGGAAUGCCGACUGUUAUGCCUGUAAAAAAACCACUUGUGGCUGAACCUUCGCUGAAAGAUGUAGGGAGUUUAAUUCAUGGGCAUUUUGAAAAUAAGAAAAAACAAGGAACGGAGAGAAAAUCUGAGAAUUUGCGAAGAAAAGAACGAGAAAAUAAUGAAAGAAGAUCCAACGACAAGCAUGCCAAUGAUAGUAACGAUCGCAAGAAUGACCGCACGAGAAAGGAUAAAGAUUAUGAAGAAAGGAAGCGAAGGAAUUCGAAAGAAGCAUCUCAAAAGUCACACUCACGGAUAUCGAAAUCUAGUGAACGGAAAAGCAAUACAGCUGAUGACAGGAAACCAUCUCACAGUCAUAGAACCAGCGAGAGAACUGUUGAGAGGCCUGAAAAUCACAAAAGAAAACGGUCGACAGGUGAUGCAGAAGUUCCAGAUUCCAAAAUUCGGAAGAAAGCUUUGGAAGACAGACUACGAUUUCCCUCUCAAACUGUUGAUUCACCUAAUGCAUUCGAUUCAAUCCAAGAGCGUUCGAGGCUUUCUAAUAAAACUUCGCCAAACAGAGAAAACGCAUCCUCUGAGAAGACAACAUCGUCAAGGAAACCGAUUGUGUGGGACACUUCGAAAUCUGCCGCCAAGAAAAACGAAUCGAAUACCAUCGAGUCCAGAAGCUCUUUACCGUUUGAAUUCAAAGUGAAAUCCGCCGAUAAGAACGCUAGAGUUUGUUCGAUUCCAUCCAAAGCUGUAGAUCAGAUUGCUCUGACUUUGAAAGCUGCUACAAAAUCAUCUGCUCCGACUUCCAAUACAUCUGAAAGCAGCACGUCGAAUGGGACAAUACCUGAACAAAAAUACAAGUUUGUGCCUACUUCAAAGAAACGUCUCUCUUCAGCUCCGGAUCAAAAAGAGAACGAACAAAUCGUGGCAGAUCCUAAAAUGUCUAGUAUUCAAAAGACAGACCCUGAACUUGUUCCAAUUUUAAAAAACGAAGUCUCGAUAAAAAGCGAUACAAAACCUGUUCAGGAAACAAGUAGUUGGAAACUAAUUCCUGUUAAACAGACCGCUGCGGUUCGCGAUCAUAUUGCUAUGCGAGCACAUGAACGUCAAAUCGCUCAGUUGAAGUGGUCAGGGAAUAUGAUAGUUUUGCCUACAGUAUCCAAGAAUGAUUGCUCAUCGUCUGCACAAUCAAUUGAAACUACAAGUUCCGAAUCGGGUAAUAGUAAACAAAAUGCUAGGGAAGCAUUGAAGAACUAUGGGCUAUCAGCAGAAGGAAUUGCGAUGCUUCAAAAGUGGAAGAAAACUGAGAAGCAAUCGAAUCGAGCGAGACUAAAAUUGAAGAGUUUGUUGAAAAAAGUGUCAAAGUGCGACUCCACAACAAAUCAGUCAGAUAUUUCGAUAAAAACUGUUCAAGCCAGAAAUUUAGCCGACAUUCCUAUCGUAUCGAAUGAUUUCGACGAACCGGACAAUAGAAAAAAUACGACUGAGGAUGAUGAUGGACUUGAUGAAUUCUUCCCGGAUCUAGCAAAAACCCGUCAACGAGUUCCUUCUGCUACGAAUGCAGAGUUUGCAUGUCGACCAUGUUCUACAGGAAGCUUCUGUUCAAUGGUAGAUCGAGAAGAGGUCGAGCUACAGCACCUAAUACGACAAGAUUCCGCAGUACCUCCUAACGGCGACUUCCUCAUGAAUGCGGAAGGUCCAUCCCAUAACCAAACUCUCACUCAGCAAAAUACAGAAAACUCAAAAGAAGAAGAAGAAGAGGAUGGAAACUCGAAAAUCGACGAAUCAAGUCAAAAUAGUGACUGGAAAGAGUUUUGUUUGGAAGAUUUGGAAGAAGAAUUAGACGAUACUAUGCGAGAACAGAGGCUUUCCGAAAUAGAUUAUCUAGAAAAUAGUCUAGAAGAAAGCGAUGAGGAGAAAGAAGGUUGGCUGGAUCUCGAGCAAGAAAAUUUGACUGAUGAUGAAGAGUCAUCGGAGAUUCCACAAAGCAAUUUGCAUGACAACGUGGACGAGGUUCCUGGGGAAUCUGAGCACAGGUGCUCAGAUUCGAACGCUCUGGAAAUGAAGAGCGAGUUCCGUCUAUCAGAUGACGAAGAUACUCAAUCACCGCUGACGUCAACUCCAAGAAGAGAAAGUGCACCAUUUGAUGUUGGUGUCCCUGAUGAGGUCGAGCAGGAUGACGUGGAUGAGCCACGACGACCGAGAGAUGACAGUUUUAUAGAUGAGUUGGAUUGGAAUUACGGUAUGGACGAUGAAGACGACGGAGACAGUAAGAAAUCAGAUGAAGAUGAAGGAGCAGAAACACUAAUGCAAGGCGAAGGCGUAGGAGAAACAACGGAUGCAACCGAAAAUCAAGGAAAUGGUGAUCAAAUAGAAGAGGGAGAAAUAUCAGAAGAGGAAGAAGAAAUAGAACAGAAUGUUCCAGUCAAGGAAACGAAGAAGCCAAUGAGGGAAAGAAUCAAAUAUGUUCGGGAGGAGGCUGUUCCGGAGAGGCAGGAAAAAAGAAGAAGUCCAGACCGCAAGUAUCGCGAUAGCCGUCACCAAUCGCGACCCGAAAGGGAACGAUCCAGAAGAUCACCACGAAGACGACGAAGCUCAGAUGAAAAUAGAGAACGCAGUAAGAAGCGGGAUGAAAGACCAGAUACGCACCGAUCUCUAUUGAAACGCAGAAACUGA